AUGCAGGAGGAAUCGGUAGAGAGGGAGCUUCGUUUGGCUGAUGUGAUGGCAAAAAAGGUGGACAAUAUGAAGACACAUCGAAAGGAGAUCGACAGGCGACCUAGACAGCAGUGGAUCAGGAAGGGCGCCGGUGCUGAGGCUAUUGAUUCUGCGUCGAAGGUGCCCAAGACGAGAUCGGAGAAACGAGCUGCUAGGAAGUUGGAAGUUCAGCAGGCGAAGAAGGAUCAGGAGAGGGCGGAGCGGAGGCAUGAGGAGGGCAUGCAGAGGGGCCUGGCUAAACGGAUGAGGAAGAAGGACAGAGGUGGGCGCAUGCGUGCUGGCUUCGAGGGUGAAGAGGACCGAACUGAUAUGGCCCCUAGUAGGAAGAAGAAGGGCAAUAAGAAGGUCUCUAAAGGACCCUCUGCCCCUGCCGCCCAAGCGAAGGCUAGAGGAGUCGACAAGUCCAUUAAGAAGCAGAAGGGCCCUAAGGGCAAGUCCCGCUACAGAAAGCGAUGAAAUAUCCCUUACGUAUUUACCACGUUCCUCAACACUUAACGUUUCCACCCAC